UGAUCUAGAGGCGCCUCGACCCGAUAGAUAUAUAUAAUAACCCACACCAGGGUCCACAAACAGGCUAAAAUAUUUCGUGUACUACUCUACUUCUUCUUCUUCAUUCAUCAAUCCUCUGUUUGACCAAUCACUGUUACUGAACCCUAAUCGAGAUCCAUGGCUUCUGCAGCAGUCAAUUCCGCCAUCGAGAAACUCGCCAACAUUCAACUCAAUGAACUCUCCACUUCUUCAUCCCCUAAUUUACAGAAAAACCUCUCAAUUUUAUCUCCUCAACAGAUAGAGCUUGGAAAGAUGUUGCUGGAAUUAGGGCAGGGUCAUCUGUUUGAGCAUUGGCCUGAUCCAGGUCUCGAUGAUGAUGAUAAAAAAGCUUUGCUUGAUCAGGUAUCAGUUCUUAACUCAAGUUAUCCUGGAGGUUUGUCAUCAUACAUCAAGACUGCUAAAGAACUGUUAGCAGAUUCAAAGGCCGGAAAGAAUCCAUUUGAUGGAUUCACACCUUCCGUGCCAUCAGGGGAAAUAUUAACUUUUGGUGAUGAUAACUUUAUACAAUAUGAAGAGAUGGGCGUGAAGCAGGCGCAGAAUGCUGCGUUUGUUCUUGUUGCGGGUGGGCUUGGGGAACGGCUCGGAUACAAUGGAAUAAAGGUUGCCCUUCCCAUGGAAACAACUACUGGAACUUGUUUCUUACAGCACUACAUUGAGUCCAUAUUAUCGUUAUCGGAAGCUAGCUUCAAGCAGGCUCCAGGUGAAUGUAGAAAAGAUGCACCUUUAGUGCUAAUGACAUCCGAUGAUACACAUGAGCGUACAUUACAACUUCUAGAAGCACACAGUUAUUUUGGAAUGAAGCCUACGCAAGUAAAACUUUUGAAACAGGAAAAAGUGGCUUGCUUGGCUGAUAAUGAUGCAAGGCUUGCUUUAGACCCAAACAAUAAAUACCGAAUACAGACUAAACCUCAUGGCCAUGGUGAUGUUCAUGCUCUUCUUUAUUCAAGUGGCCUUCUGAAAGAAUGGAAAGAUACUGGUUUGAGAUGGGUGGUGUUUUUUCAAGAUACAAAUGGACUUCUUUUCAAGGCCAUUCCCGCAGCACUAGGAGUUAGUGCCACUAAAGAAUACCAUGUUAAUUCUCUUGCUGUUCCUAGAAAGGCCAAAGAAGCUAUCGGAGGCAUUACUAAGCUUACUCAUACAGACGGUAGGGAAAUGGUGAUUAAUGUAGAAUACAAUCAACUUGAUCCACUUCUUAGAGCAACGGGUCAUCCUGACGGCGAUGUCAAUUGUGAAACUGGAUAUUCUCCAUACCCAGGAAACAUAAACCAAUUGAUUCUUGAACUUGGCCCUUACAUUGAUGAGCUCUCAAAAACUGGUGGUGCUAUUAAGGAGUUUGUUAACCCCAAAUACAAGGACUCGACAAAAACCGAAUUCAAAUCCUCGACUAGAUUAGAAUGUAUGAUGCAGGAUUAUCCUAAAACUUUGUCUCCGUCAGCUAGGGUUGGAUUCACAGUGACAGACACAUGGCUUGCUUACGCACCGGUAAAAAACAACCCCGAGGAUGCUGCAAAAGUACCUAAAGGAAAUCCAUAUCAUAGUGCCACUUCUGGAGAAAUGGCAAUUUAUCGAGCAAACAGCAUGAUUCUUAAAGAGGCAGGUGUUACGGUAGAUGAUCCAGUUACACAAGUUUUCAACGGUCAAGAGGUAGAAGUGUGGUCCCGUAUUGUGUGGAAACCAAAAUGGGCAGUUACUUUUAGUGAUGUUAAAAGCAAAGUGAGUGGAAACAACUCGGUUUCUCAAAAAUCUACAUUGGUAAUCAAGGGUCGUGACAUAUAUAUUGAGGAUCUCGAACUGGAUGGAGCUCUUAUCGUUGAUUCAGUUGAUGACGCAGAGGUGAAAGUGGGAGGUUCUGUGUGUAACAAAGGCUGGUCUGUUGAAAGCAUCGAUAAAGAUUCUACAGAAUUGCCUGAAGAAGUGAGGAUCCGAGGGUUUAAAAUAAUCAAGACUGAUCAGGUACAACAAUUUUAUGAUGAACCUGGGAAAUUCACCUUGAAGCCUUGAGGGUUGAUUUAUGAACAUACACAGUCCUGUUAUGUUUUUAUUGUUUCACACUGGUUUGACCUCACUAGUUUCUUGCAGCUGUUUGAAACAGAAUACAUUAACCAUUUUAUUUCGAUCAGGUCUUUGUUUCUUGAUGAUCAUUUCGUCUCAUGUAACCUAAAUGUUCGACGAAAUGUGUGAAUUAAAUAAAAAGACGCUUGAAUUGAAACAUCACUUGAUGCUU